UGGUCAAGUGCAGGUAAGAGCAUUUCACAGAUUUGAAGAAAUUGAUCUCUUCUGUGCUGAACGGAUUUAAGGGAGGAAAUGUAGGUCCAGGAAAAUCAUAACUGGGAGAAGCCUUAAAUAUGCUCCUCUUCCAUGUAUGUGGGUGACAAGAACUGCUACUAAGGUAAGCCAGUGCUUCAGUCUUGCUCUAAAUUUUGUCAGGUUGUCUUCAAAACCCUCAUUCAUUAAUGACCUGGAUGAACAAACUGCCAAGCUGGCUAUAGUUCUGGUUUGCAAAGGGGAUGGAAUAUAGAGCAGGGCAGAAAAACAAAUACCCGAAACAUACAGAACGAUCCUAGGAUAUAGACAAUAAAAGUGAUGAAGCUAGAAAAAGCUAGAAAUCCGGGCUGCCUGUUGGCAUGACAAUGAAUGCACCAGGCUUGGGGAGAGGGGAUUAAUGCACACACUUGUCUUGCUUUCCCCCUAGGUGAAUGGAUCCCUGGUCAAUCUGCCCAUGGUCCUUGCAUCAGGUAAACUCUAUGCCUAUUUCAGCGGCUCGUCUGCUGUGCUCCAGACCGACUUUGGCCUCUCUGUGUCCUACGACUGGUCCCACUCUGUGUUGGUUUCUGUUUCUGAGAUCUACUUCGGGUCACUGUGUGGACUCGGUGGGGAUUUCAAUGGGAACCAGAGUGAUGAUUUCCGGACCCCAAAUGGUUCUGUGGUCCAUGACGCUGUCACCUUUGGCAAUAGCUGGAAGGCUGCUGAUUCCCCUUUUCAUUGCACGGCCGUUGGGCUCCCAGCCCAAUGUAACGAAGCAGAAGUAGCCCAGUACAGAUCUCAGAACUACUGUGGGAUCAUCGCAGACACUGCUGGACCUUUUAAAGAGUGUAACCAGCUGGUUGAUGCUCAGAUCCAUUUGGAGAACUGCUUGAGGGAUGUGUGUGUGACUCAGGGCAGCCGCGAGACCCUGUGUGAAGUGCUUCGCAGUUAUGCCCAGCAGUGCCAAAGUCGUGGCAUUGCCAUUGAGCCAUGGAGACAGUGGGCUGGAUGCGGGGUGCCACCAAACCUCUGCUCUGCGACACGCCAAACAGAUGAUUUGCGGCCAGGUGGGAGGGUGGAGAGCAGCGAGCGGCAGGCAGGCGGGGGCCUAGAGGAGAGGGUGGAGCAGGGGUGGGAAGAGGUGAAGAAAGGGCAGGGCCUUUAG